CCGUUCCUUUUCAUCCUUCUUCAAAUGAACACUACAAACACCACCUUCAUCCCAAAGGGACCGCCACAGACGCCACAAUCAGGUCUUUGCCCGAAUUCUAGUUCAAUGUUAAUAAGUGAUCCAUGUUUCCAGAGAAUAUUUCUCUUGACUCUGCCCGCCACACUCGCCUGCAUCCUCUUUGCGAUUCGUCUCCACUGGCUGGUACGCCAUGGAAAACAACACCAUCUUGGCAGGACCGCCUGGAUCUACUGGCCAUCCCUCUUUCUCAUGCUGCUCGCAUGCUGUACGCUCCUGCACUCGCUACUCAACUCGCCAGAAACCUCAGACUUGUCCGUCUUGCUUGCCCCCGGGUCGAUGUUCAUUGCAUGGGUGCUGGCGAUCGUAUUGAACCAAUUUGAGUCCAAGUUCUCUAUCCGGGCCUCUGAUUCAAUCCUCGGCUACUAUAUUACCGCGAUCAUCGGCACCGCGAUCGUUCUCUACACAUCCGAUCAGAAUUAUCCCGACAUACCAACAACAUCCUCAUCCAUGAGCUGGUAUCUCGGCGCUCUCAUCCUUGGGUUUCUUAUCGAGGCCUGGCCAAGAGAAAACACCCGAGUGCAGCGAAACUCUGAUGCCAGUGUCUUUGAAAAAGCGAACCUGCUCUCCCGACUAUCCUUCCAUUAUAUUCAGCGGAUCAUGAGCCUUGGGUACAAGCGCCCGCUAUUGUUAUCGGAUAUUGUGGAUCUAAUGCCCAGACGGAUCAAAUCAGAGAAUGCGUACGCCGCCCUCGGUGUGACCUGGACGAAACACGAGGCCCAAUUCUUAGCCCUGCCCAAAGGUCAACAGAAUAAGAGGCAGUCAUGGCUCCUACUGAAGAUCAUUGCUGCAACCUACGGAUGGAUCGGAUGGGCACCCAUUGUGCUCUGUCGUGUAGCAUCUACAGCCCUUAUCUAUCUCCAACCCGUACUUCUGGGCCGCAUCCUCGAUUUUAUGCAGUCUUCAGCUUCGAGGUCCCCACAGCCACUGUCCACUGGUAUUUUGCUGGCGUUCUUGAUGUUCAUGACCUCGCUGAUGAGCUCUGUCGCUGGCGCGCAGCUCACGCAAUUGAAUGCGGAUCGUGGUAUGGAAAUCCGUUCGGGACUCAUUGGAUUGAUCUACAGGAAGGCUAUUCGACUAUCGCCAGAGGCGAGACGGACACAGACGACAGGAUCAAUCACCAACCAUAUGUCUGUCGAUGCUGAGAAGUGGACAAGUGCCUUGAAUACACUACCUCAGUGGAUUUCAGCGCCGAUCGAGCUGACUAUAGCGCUUUGGAUGCUUUACUAUCAAUUGGGAUGGUGCGCUCUGGUGGGAUUGGUCACGGUCGUGGGAUUGAUGCCUAUUCAGAAGAAGGUCUCGGUCAUCUUUUCAGAUAUCAAAGACGCAAAGUUGGCGGCGAUGGAUAGUAGGAUUCGACUGGUAACGGAGCUUUUCACUUCUAUUCGCACCAUCAAGUUGUAUGCAUGGGAGGACGCAUUCAAAUCGAGGAUUGCAGCAUACCGCGAUACCGAGAUGGCUGUCCUUCGUCGAUUCGGCGUUGUCUACUCGGCCAUGACCCUCACCUUCUCAACUACUAUGUUUAUGAGUCUGCUCUCCUUUGGAAUCUUCGCAGUAGUCGGUGGACCGGGUGGUACACCCGGCGAGAUCACCCCACAGAUAAUCUUUGUUAGCUUGACACUCUUUGGCCUUUUAAGCAAACCCAUCUCCGCCUUCGACCAUCUCUUGAGCGACACGACUGCUAUUCUUGUUGCCACCCGUCGUAUUCAAGGCUUCCUGUUGUCCGAAGAACUUGAUCAGUAUCCUGUGAAACGCGGCACCGAUGGACGUGCUAUUGUUGUGAAGGAUGGUGUGUUUUCGUGGAGCAAGCCGGUGGUAGCGCAGACAGAGGAGCAGCGCCUCAGAGAAGAGAACACCCCACUUUUGAGCGCUUCAGAUCAUCAGGGAACACACUCAGAACCGACUCUCAAGGAUAUUAAUUUCGGCGUGAAAGCUGGAUCGCUAACAGCAGUCGUGGGUCGUAUCGGACAAGGAAAAUCUUCCCUCCUCAGCGCAUUGAUAGGGGACAUGUACCAGUACCAAGGCUCUGUUCAGGUGAACGGCACAAUUGCAUAUGUCGCUCAAGAAGCCUGGAUCAUGAACUGCAGCGUUAAGGACAAUAUCCUGUUCGGCAAGCCUCUGGAUCAGGAUCGUUAUGAACAUGUGCUAAGGGCAUGCUCACUUUUGCAGGAUCUAGAGAUCCUCCCAGCGGGCGACCAAACCGAGAUUGGCGAGCGCGGAAUCAACCUGUCUGGAGGACAAAAACAGCGUAUUUCACUGGCCCGAGCUGCGUACCAAGAUGCGGACAUCUACUUGUUGGAUGAUCCUCUGAGUGCUGUCGACGCCCAUGUGGAUCGACAACUCUGGCAGAACUUGAUUGGACCCAGCGGUUUGCUCAAGGACAAGACACGGCUGCUGGUCACCCAUGGACUCCACCAUCUGAGCGAGGUCGAUGAGAUAAUAGUCUUUAAGGAUGGAACUAUCUCUGAGUUGGGCCACUUUAACGAACUCACGGCUGCACACCAGGGCUUCUAUAUGUUUAACCUCGAAUUCGCGACAGCUAAAAAGCGACGGCAACACACAGUCAGGAACCACUCGCAGGACGACACCAAUUCUGGAAGCGACGCAGAGGAGCAUACAGACGAGGCCGCUGUUGUCACAGUAUGCCAUGACAAGAAACAAGCAGACAAUACCAAGGGUGAGCUGGUUGCAGACGAAAAUAUGGUCAAGGGCGACGUCGGGUGGAAGAUGUUUAUGGUCUACGCGAAGGCUGCAUCAUAUCGCAACAUUAUAUUGGUGAUCCUCCUCUACAUCCUGGUCGAGGUCGCCCAAGUCGGCACCAGUUUCUGGCUAAGAUACUGGUCUGACGCUUCAGGACAGGAAAAAUAUACAGUGACCCAGUUCCUGGUGAUCUACGGCGCCUUUACUCUGGCGUACAUGGCUUUCAACAUGGCCUUGUUCUAUGUAGCGAACGUAAAUGCGGCAAUCAUGGCAGCGCGUCACUUGCAUGACAGGUUGCUGAACAAUCUGUUGCAUCAGCCCAUGUCGUUUUUUGAUACCACUCCUGUCGGCCGCAUUAUCAAUCGGUUCUCAAGUGAUGUUGACGCGAUUGACGAAGUCAUCAUUUGGAACUUCAUUGAUGUGGUUUAUUGCCUGGUGGCCAUAGGAGGCACAAUGGUUGUGAUCUCGAUCUCGACACCGCAGUUCCUUUUCGUCGUCCCACCUCUCACGCUUGCCUAUCUGUAUAUCCAAGACUAUUACAUCCAUUCAUCCCAACCACUCAAGCGUUUCAUGUCUGUCUCGAAAUCGCCUCUGUAUCAGCACUUUAGUGAGACGCUCGCAGGCGUGUCGACCAUCCGCGCCAUGGGAGCAACGUCACGAUUUGUUGGAAUCAACGGAGAAAAGGCGGAUCUUGCGUCCGAGACAGCACUCGCUUUCGGAAUGAGCGGCCGCUGGCUUAAGGUGCGGCUCGAGCUCUUGGGAGCAUUAAUCAUCUUGGCAGCCGCACUACUGGCCGUCCUCAAUCAGGGUCAGCUGAGUGCCAGUGUAGUCGGUCUUUCAUUGAUGUACGCGACGUCGAUCACAUUAGACAUCACCUACCUUGUUCGAACGUGGAGCGAGAUGUCGAACCAACUCAUAUGCGUGGAAAGGAUUGAGGAGUAUACGCAGCUUAGGCAGGAAGCUCCUGCGCAGACCGGUGUUUCACUACCCCAAAACUGGCCAAGUCAAGGUCGAGUCGUGUUCCGGAAUUACUCUGCGAGGUACCGUGAUGGCCUGGACCUAGUUCUCAAGAAUGUGUCCUUUGAGGUACAGCCAGGCGAAAAGAUUGGCAUCGUCGGUCGUACAGGAGCGGGCAAAUCGUCAUUGACAUUGGCGCUAUUCCGAGUGAUCGAGGCUGCCAAUAGCUACUGGGAACGCGAAACUCUGCAAAGCGGCUCUGUGGAGGGAUCCGAGUGCCUUGGCCAUGACGUAUCUGGAAAUGGAGAUUCGAUCGAGAUUGAUGGGGUUGACAUCGCGACUCUAGGACUACAGACUCUUCGUAAGCACCUGUCGAUUAUCCCGCAGGAUCCUACACUAUUUGCUGGGUCAGUACGCUCGAAUCUUGAUCCACUCACUCAGCUUGAGGACGCCGAACUCUGGAGGGCUCUGGAGCGUGCUCAUCUGAAGGAUCAUAUCUCGGCUCUUCCGGGAGGAUUGUCAUUCGAGGUGGCUCAGAAUGGCGAGAACUUUUCGGUGGGCCAGCGAGCAUUGAUCUGCCUCGCCCGUGCAUUGCUUCGAAAGUCCAAGAUUUUGGUCCUGGAUGAGGCGACGGCGGCGGUGGAUGCAGAAACGGACAAGCUGGUUCAGAAGACGAUCAGGAGUGAGUUCAGUGAUAGGACGAUCCUGACUAUUGCACAUAGGAUCAAAACAGUGAUGGAUUCAGACAAAAUUUUAGUGCUGGAUCAAGGGCGGGUACACGAGUAUGCGCCGCCUAGAGUGUUGAUGGAGAAGAAAGAUAGUUUGUUUUACAACUUAGCGAAACAAGCGGGAGAGAUCUGAGAUCUAUAUACCUUAUCAUAGAAAAGAUUGAACAAAGACAUUAGGAAAAAGCAUUCG